AUGCCAUUUCCCCCUCAAGCUUUUAUUUAGCCAAAAUCUAGUUAAGAUAUAAAAGUCAGGGAAUUUACGCACUGAUGUGUUUGCAGGGCUCUAAGACUAGACACAGGCAGGGGGGUUCUCUGUGCCCACCUUUCAGCAUGAGCGCACUGCGCACGCUUGUCUUCAUCGGACUCUUACUGCUGAUCCUCACCGCCGGUUACUGCAAACGGAGAGACAGAGACGACUCAAGUCUGUUGGAGCUUCUUAUGGAUAGAGCAAGACUAACACAAGAGCGUCGUAGUGAUGGGAAUACACACCAUCCUCCCAAAAUCAACGAGCAUUCUGUGGAAACAAAGGACGUUAAUAAAGUUACUAAGACAGAUGGAGAUGAAAAAAUUCUGGAGGUCUUUCCCAGAGAUCUUCAACAGAAGGAGAAAUUUAUAAAACAUUUAACAGGGCCACUUUAUUUUAGCCCCAAGUGCAGUAAACACUUUUAUAAACUAUAUCAUCAUACCAGGGACUGCACAAUACCUGCCUAUUAUAAAAGAUGUGCCCGGCUUCUCACAAGAUUAGCAGGCAGCCAGCGGUGCUCAGAGGGAUAGACAUACAUCACAGAAUGCAUCAGAGCGAAAGAAAGACCAAGAAAGUGCCUUGGAGAAAAACAGGGAAAUGACAUGAACAAUUAUAUUUAUCACUUGAACAAAGCUAUUUUUGCAAUGAAAUUGCUUCUUUUGACUUUUAACUUCUCGCACAGCUUGUCUGCUGACAAAACUGAUGUUGGAACAGAGUUUACUGAUAAUUGUCAUAUGGUGAAAAUGAAGAAAUCAAUGUUUUACUAAAUACGUUUAAAUAAAAAAAUGUACUGCUGACAAACAA